AUGUCGAAUGUCAACUCCAUUUUGGCAACCACCAAACUUUCAAAAAAAAACGUUACACCAAUGAAUUUAUCCUUUCGUUCAUCGAUUGAUACCACUUACACUCUUUUCAACAGCAUUGAAAUUUGCGAUUUGGACCAUGUCCGAAAUAUUUUGGCUUCACACUGCAAUACAUCGCUCUCGAUUCCUCUUCAAGCUGCACACUCCUCUCAAAAACGUACUUUAUCUAUUAGACGAGUGGAUGAAGAUUUUGAUGUUACCAACAGUGACGAAUACGAAAAUGAAAAUGUAUCGACAAAGCGAGUCAAAACAAGACAUCCUCACGAACAUCAACAUUUAUGUCUCUCUUUGGGUGAUGGAUGGAAUGCUCUCCAUAUUGCUUCUCAGCAAGUGAAUCCAUUCAUUGUGAUGGAACUGCUCCAUCGAUUGGAUGUGAUGGCUUCUACAAGGUGUCACAGUCUCGCAACAACAGCAAGCAAUGAAUCAGCUCCUGUUCGGGAUUUUAGGAUCGAUGACUUGUUAUUUCAACAAAACGACAUUGGAGAAAUUCCAAUCAUGUCGUGUUUAAGAAUGAUGCAAUUCAGCAAUUCCAACAUUGUUUACUCUCCACUCUUUGAUAAUGGAUUGAAAGUUUGUUCACACUUGCUUCAAAGAAUGAUCUUAUCUCUCGAACGUCAUUUGGAAAAGACAAAUCAAACACACGAAACAAGAAAUUUCACUACAUGCUGCUUUUUACCAGCUACUACCAUGCCACCCUUUCACAUUUCUAAUGAAAAUGAUCAUAAUUCCUUACCUCUAAUGAUUCUCAGAGCUUCUAAUGUUCAUUGGCCAAGGACGAACAGUACUUCUUCCGCACCUUCACAUCAACAUGAUUAUUCAAACGACAAUAUUGUCAUGCUUGCAACUGGCAAAGAUCAACACGCAACGAGAGCUUUGCAACGAGAUACAACGCUGCCCCAUCAAAACCAACAACACCUCAAAGUGAUCCCAACCUUACUUGCCAUAUUGAAUCUCUUGAAAAAUUCAAAUGGUAUGAAUAGUUUUCAAUUGGCUACUUCCUUUGGUAUGGACUUGUUGUCGCUCAUACACGGUGAAGCCUUUGAAUGUUCAUUGAGAAAGAAAUUGUUUCAACAACAACAGCAAAACAAGUGUUGUAUUGAUAUUCAGAUCCUAUUCUGGGACACAAACCCCGAGAAACAGAAGCCUUGUGCCACAUCGCGUGCUCCACAAUUUCGAAAUCAAAAUUGGUAA